AAUUGGAUACAAGUGGUUGAUUAGCAUAGAAAAAAAUGAAGUCCAUUUGGGCCUUACUCCAUAGUCACAUAAAGCGGAUGGGCUUUUAAUUGGGCGUGUACAGUACAUAUGCUCUUUGUUACAGAAAAUUCUCUCUCAGCUAUAUCCAAAGUCAUAGCAUGUGAGUUGUUGCAAGUAUGACAUGAUUGUUUUGAGACGAUACAAGAAGACAUUUCUUGAUCAUCAUACUGCUCUUUGUUACAGAAAAUUCUCAGCUAUAUCCAUUGUUGAACUUGAUGGAAUUAAAACACAAGAAUGCUUUUCCCCGGUUGGCCAAAGAGCUGACCCAGUUCCUCUUUUACAUGAACUCUUGCAAGCUUGCUCAACGACAAGGGCUAUCAUGGAAGGACAAGCCUGCCAUUCCCAGAUCAUUCGUAUUGGGUUUCAAACAAACACUUUAACGUCAAACAUGCUAAUAAAUUUGUACGCCAAAUGUGGGUUAGUUGAUUGUGCUCGCAAAGUGUUCGACGAAAUGUCUGAAAGGAGUUUGGUUUCGUGGAAUACGAUGAUUGGAUCACUUACCCAUAGUGGGAAGGAACGUGAAGCUCUUGGACUCUUCUUGAAUAUGCAAAGAGAAGGAAACCCUUUCAGUGAAUUCACUGUUUCGAGUGUUCUUUGUGCAUGUGCUGGGAAAUUUGCUGUGUUUGAGUGUAAACAGUUACAUGCUUUUGCUGUUAAGGCAUCAAUGGAUUCAAAUGUGUUUGUUGGGACUGCAUUACUUGAUGUUUAUGCUAAAUGUGGUUUUAUAAAGGAUGCCAGUUGUGUCUUUGAGUGUAUGCCGAAUAAGAGUCUCGUUACAUGGAGUUCAAUGAUGGCAGGCUAUGUGCAGACUGCACUUUAUGAGGAAGCUCUAGUUUUGUUCCACAAAGCUCAAGUGCUUGAAUUGGAAGCAGACCCCUUUGUAUUUUCUUCUGCUAUUUGUGCUUGUGCAGGCCUUGCGUCUCUGAAUGAAGGGAACCAGGUUCAUGCUGCGCUAUGUAAAGCGGGAUUCGGAUCAAAUAUAUUUAUUGCUUCGUCGCUUAUAGACAUGUACGCAAAAUGUGGUAGCAUUGAAGAAGCAUACACUGUGUUUCAAUGUACAGAAGAAAGAAAUAUUGUCUUGUGGAAUGCAAUGAUUUCAGGGUUUGCUAGACAUGCUUGUUCUCUUGAGGUGAUGAUAUUAUUUGAGAAAAUGCAGCAGAUUGGUAUGUUCCCAAAUGAAGUGACUUAUAUUUCUGUGUUAUCUGCCUGUAGUCAUAUGGGAUUGGUUGAAAAUGGAAGAAAGUAUUUUGAACUUAUGAGAAAAGAACACAAUGUUUCACCAAAUGUUGUGCACUAUUCAACCAUGGUUGAUAUUCUUGGCCGAACAGGGUUGAUUGUUGAUGCUCAUAACUUGAUUGAGAACAUGCCAUUCUCUGCUACUGCUUCCAUGUGGGGAUCACUCUUGGCUUCUUGCAGGAUCCAUGGCAAUCUUCAGCUAGCGGAGGUAGCUGCUGACCAUUUAUUUGAAAUGGAGCCUGAUAAUGCAGGAAAUCACAUUCUGCUUUCUAACAUUUAUGCAGCAAACAAUAAGUGGGAGGAUGUUGCAAGAACAAGAAAGAAUCUUAAGGAAAGUGAGGUGAAGAAGGAGAGAGGUAAAAGUUGGAUCGAAGUUAAGAACACGGUUCACUCAUUCAUGGUUGGAGAAAGAAACCAUCCUAGAAUUGCUGAUAUUUACUCGAAGUUAGACGAUUUGGUUGAAGAAUUGAAAAAAUUGGGUUACCUAGCAAAGGGUGAAGAUGAGCUUCACAAAGUUGAAGAGAGUACAAAACAUGAGCUUUUGAGGCACCACAGUGAGAAGCUUGCUGUCACUUUUGGACUAAUGUGUUUGCCUCCCAGUGCACCUAUUCGAAUUAUGAAGAAUCUUAGGAUCUGUGGAGAUUGCCAUUCAUUUAUGAAGUUCACAUCAAGUUUUGUAAGGAGGGAGAUCAUUGUGAGGGAUACAAAUAGAUUUCACCAUUUUGAGAAUGGAAGUUGCUCUUGUCAGGAUUUUUGGUAAAAAUAAUCCAGGUUAUACAAUAAGUUUGUUAUCUUUUUACUCUUUUAGUGAACUAUAAUUUUUUCAGUACAAAUUUAGUAACAAAGGUCGAGUGGUUACAACAGCCGAAGUAUGAUAUUUAUAAUUUGUAAAAACAGAAGUGAACAUUUGACAAAUUGAAGUCUGAUAGAUUUUUUAUUUUUUAAUGGAAAUUAUUUUUGCUUUCAA